UCUUGAUAUGUUGGAGAUGUUUUUCUGUCUAUUCGGUGAUAUAUGUAACGUAAGGGUUAAAAUGCAGCCACAGCACUUAAAUCCACAAAUAUAUGUAGCUAAACUGGUCUCAGAAAUUACUAGCAGAUAGCUGGUUGAUGAUUACAUGAAGUACAGCUCAGGAAAUGGUUGACAAGUGCUGAAAAAUUAAUGGAAGCUGCAUAAGAUGAAAUGGGAGUUUCAUUGACGUCGGUCCCAUUGAAACUCAGUGGGACUUACUUUUGUGUGUUAAACAGAGAGAGGACCAGGUUGUGAGUCCAUGUAAUAAAAACAGAUCUACUCAAAGAUGGGAAAUGUGCCACAGUGCAAGUGAUGCAAGAAGUUUAAGCAGCCCAAUAGUGUUCCAAAGGCUUGAAGUAAGCUUUCAAGUCCCACAAAGCUUAGUUAGUCUUUUGUAGCACAAUCGGAGAAAAAGAACAGACUCUCUUUAUGCUUGUGAUUUAUAUACCCUUAAUAGGGAAGUGAAUAUUUGCGAGCCAGAGUUGGUUCGAUAAAGGUAUUGCCUCCUUUGUAUUUGUGUUGAUGGCCUGUGUGACCUUUGCAGCUGCUGCAGUGCAAGCCUAUGUAUGUUUGUUCAGAAGUUACUUCCACUGGAUUCAGUGGGACUUACACUAAAGAAAAUGUACAUAGGAUUGCGGACUAAGGGGCAAUGACAAACAUAGACUGACAAACAUAGCAAUUAAGUGGGUGUAAAGGGGCCACCCUAGACACCUUGGCACUCUGGGUGAAAAAUUAAAAUGCCACCCUCAUAAAUUGCAUUUUAAGUAGCCACUCACAACUACAAUGGAAUUUCUGUGCUCCUGUCAACUGUUGCUUAAAAACUUGGUUUGAAAAAGAUGCUGCUGUUCAGACCCAGCACAAAUGGCCUCUGCACCCUUCAGAGAACAUACUGGUUGAGAGCCAUGACCCGGAAGACCCACCCUCCAGCCUGCUUAGCCUGGUCCUCCUUCCAUUCCCGUGGCACUUGGAAGAGCACUAGCAGCAGAAGACACAGGCUCAUGGUAGCAGCAGGUGCUGGGCUUGGCAUAGGCACCAUCUUGGCUUAUGGAGAUCACUGUCGGCGGGCAGCCGAGGAAGAGCCCCCUGCAGCCACACCUGGCCCCCCUUUCCCUGUCUUCACGCGGCAGGAAGUGUCGCGCCACCACAGUGAGGCCAAUCGAGUGUGGGUGACCUACGGCAGCGACGUGUUUGAUGUCACUGAUUUCUUGGAGUUGCAUCCUGGGGGCAAAAGCAAGAUUCUUCUGGCCGCAGGGGGUGCUUUAGAACCCUUCUGGGCCCUCUAUGCCAUGCACAACCAGGAACACGUGCUGGAGAUCCUUCACGGGUACAAAGUGGGGGAGCUGAGCCCGGAUGAGCCUCCCCAGCCAAGCCCAGGAGAUCCUUAUGCUGAGGAUCCUCCGCGACACCCUGCCCUGAAGGUCAAUACCUUGAAGCCCUUCAAUGCAGAGCCCCCUUCCGAGCUGAUUGCCGAAAACUACCUGACUCCCAACCAGCUCUUUUUCAAGCGCAACCAUCUUCCAGUCCCGAUUGUGGACCCCACUGCCUACCGGCUACGUGUCCAGAGUCGCAAUGGGCGGACCCUCUCUUUAUCCUUGCAGGACUUGAAGAGGGAUUUUCCGAAGCAUGAAGUGGUCGCCACACUGCAGUGUGCUGGCAACCGCCGUGCAGAGAUGAAUGCCCUCCAGAACACCAACAGGCUAGGCUGGGGCAUUGGGGCCAUCAGCACUGCAUGCUGGGGUGGCGCCCGGCUUCGGGAUGUUCUGGUGCGAGCUGGGUACAGACCAAGUGACGAAGGUCAUGUCUGCUUUGAGGGGCUGGACAAGGAUCCAAGUGGCACAGUUUAUGGUGCCUCCAUCCCUUUUAAGAAAGCCAUGAGUCCUGAGGGGGAUGUUCUCUUGGCUUAUGAAAUGAAUGGUGAGGAACUGCCACAGGACCAUGGCUUCCCCCUCAGAGUUAUUGUGCCAGGGGUGGUAGGUGCCCGUAAUGUCAAAUGGCUGGCCAAGAUCACGGUGGGUCCAGAGGAAAGCCAAAGCCACUGGCAGCAGAAGGAUUAUAAAGGGUUCUCUUCCUCUGUGACGUGGGAGACAGUGGACUUUUCCAAGGCCCCUGCCAUCCAAGAGAUGCCAAUCCAGUCGGCCAUCACGGAGCCCGGCCCUGACACUUCUGUUACGGCUGGGGAGCUCACGGUGAAAGGCUAUGCCUGGAGUGGAGGUGGGCAACAUGUCAUCCGGGUGGAUGUUUCGCUGGAUGGUGGGAAGACCUGGCAUGUGGCCAAGCUAACUGGGGAGGAGCAGUUGCCUGGGCGCGCCUGGGGGUGGAAGCUGUGGCAGCUGACGACUUCUGUGCCUGCUGGCACCAAAGAACUGAACAUUGUCUGCAAGGCUGUGGACGUGAGCUACAAUGAGCAGCCUGACACAGUGAGACCCAUCUGGAACAUCUUGGGAGUGCUCAACAAUGCUUGGCAUCGGGUGCAUGUCCAUGUGAGUGAGGAGUAAGAGGCUGGAACAUGUGCCUUGUCACCCAAAAGAGACAAAGUGGUCAUGGAUGUCCUUGGCUGCUCUACACCUUUUCUUCUCUGCACAUGUCUGUUCCAGGUCCCCUUGGAAAGGCCAAGAAGAAAAGCUGAGAUUUCAGUGGGGUUUCAUGACCGCCGUGUGUCCUUUCUCACUCUUACUCUCAGCACUUGACUGUAGCAAUUCACUAACUUUGAUCUCCUUCCACAGGGUAUGAUGGGCCCAGAGGAAAAGAUAUGAAAUAGCUAGCUAGCCAUCUCCAUAAGGGAAACCCAACUUUCUCAGGAAUUUAGGCCUGGUGCCUUUUAACUGCUUUAGAAGAGAGACCAAUUAAAUGAUUGGCUUCUAAAAUCUUUGCAGUAGACAACUGUGCUUACACUGCUAUUGGCUGAACCCUCCCCCCCCUUUUUUUUUGGAGUACUGAAUUACUUCAGUCUUGCCAAAUGCUUAUGUGCCUUUUAAGGGCUCAAAGUACAAUUUUUUUGGUGAGUGUUCCAGUAGUAGCCCAAACUCUCCAUUGUUACAGACAUUGGAACUUGCACUAAGACCAAGUAUCGCCACCAUUUUUUACAGUCUUUCCUCUAAGCUAUACCUUUUGUGGUAGGCAGCUCCCCUUUCUUGUUUUGAAAUAUGAAAAUGUCUUGCAACCUGUGCUCAAUUUCCUUCAUGGUCUCCUGCAUUACUCCUCCUUGGUUCAGUGUGUGUGUGCAUGCACACAAUUGGAGGCAACCAAAGUUUAGUUGAAUAUUUUGGCUUAUGCCUUCAUUUCAAAACCCAUCUCUUGCUGAUGAAGAUGUAAGCCAAAAUGUUCAUCAGCAAGAGAUGGGUUUUGAAAUGAAGGCAUAAGCCAAAAUAUUCAACUAAAUGUUGGUUGCAUCUGAUUUUACACACACACACGCUUGUACAAGAGCUGCUCUUCAUCUCUGCUAGGAAGCCAUGCUUGGAGUGAACAGAUGAAAAAAGGACAGCGUUCCUAUACCUUCCGCAUGUUAGGGAUAAGAAGGGAUUUCAGUGAAUGUUACAGAUACAGAAGCCCUUUACAUCUGGCUCUCCUCAUCCUGCUUUGUUUCUGUACAGCAGGAUAUUGGCAUUGAUGUUUGAGAAACACUUCUGAAUAAAGCUUAUUGGUUGGAGAAA